GGAAGAGGUGGAGAGGAGAGGGGGAAGAAAGAAGACAGAGGAGAGGAUCGGGUGAGACAAGGUGGUGAGGAGGAAAAGGGGAGCAGAGGGGCGCUUGGACCGAAGACAACAAAAAAAGCUCGCGGAGGAUGAGCAGGUCUAUUUAAAGAGGUCUGCACGGGUCUGCUGUCUUGCUGUCCUGAUUGACAGCAUCAUCUGAUUCGAACUUGGACCAAACGUCUGUCUCCCCUUUUUCUCUCAGUGCUCAUUGCAAGGCUGCAUGUAUCACUCCGCAGAGCUGUACUCUGGCCGUAAUACAUGGGACUCCUAUCCAGCUGGAGGACCUAACAGAGGACAAUGGGCUCCAGUAAACAUUCGUCCCUGGAGCCACACAGAAAGAUGCCAUGGAGGGCGCAAUCAAUCACAUAAUCAACCUCCAAGUCGUCUUUAUAAUAGGGGGGAGAGAACAGUCAACCAUGUCCAGGACAAGGUUGCCUCAAAAUGGCACCGACAGCCUCUACGUCUCUGGGAUGGAAAAGAGCCGUCGUUUGAGGCCCAGAACUGGCAUCACAGCUCCACACGCCCAUUCCACAACAGAGCUGGCACCAACAACGGUUAUCUAACAGGACCAGGAGAGCGCUACACAAACUGGGACAACAAUGCCAGCAACUCUGUGUAUGGGGGGCCUCGUAUGCAUCGCAACAACAGAGAACUCCAGUCCCCACCAGAGAGAUGGGCCCCCUCAGACUGCAGCAGGAGCUUCCCUGGCAGAAUUAUAAACAACAGACCAGGACCAAUGAAACGGCCAGCCCUCCACCAGCGGCGAGACCAACUGCACCAGCACAGUCCACCUCCACAGCACCCUCUGUCCCCUAGGGACGGAUUUCCAGCCAAGAGGAGACGGGACUCUGGCCCUGAUCAGUCAUCUCAUCCUGGAUCAAGGCAUCUGUCCUCUCUUGCCCAUGCUCCAUCACCACCUCGCCACCACCGCUGCAACCAAGACGUCUGGAAGCCUCCUAAUGAAAAGGCGGGUCAUUGCCACCACAAUGACCACAGGACCUCAACAACACAGCAACAGGAAACCUCUAAACUGCGAGCUGGAGGACAUGGCUUAAGUAACACUCACCUAGCGGCUCUGAACCAGAGCUGUGGCAGCAGACCACCACACCACGGAAGCAGGGGGAAGGUCGAACGGAAAAUCUCGUCAUCACCAGCAGACCACACCCGUGUGCCUUACGGCCACCAAAACCAUCAUUACUACUAUCAACGGCACACAGGCCACCCGAGAACUCCACCGCACAACAUGCCGCUACACCCUUUUGAGGAAAAGGCCUCACGGAGCCAUCACCACAAACAAAGCACAGAACCUCAGCGCACUCAUCAAAGGGGAAAUUCAAGGGAUCCAGCCCUCUCCAAGUCUUCUGGUGCAGACUCUCCUCCCUAUUUGUCCCUCCACUGCAGCCCUAAAGAUGGUGGUUCUUCUGCCAGCAGUCCACAUGCUUCUUCCAGUCCCUCUUCAUACGCAGUAACCAGUGGCAGAAAAGAUCCAUCAAUCAUUCAUCAGUGUAUCCCUGGCCUCAGUGGACAGCAGAAACUCCAGGGUAGCCCUAAUCACACCCUGAGACCUAGCCUGACAUCUACCAUGUCCCUCACAGCUCACACUGGUCCAAAAUCCAGGUUUUCUGAUGGUAAAUAUAGAAAGACAUUGCAGCCCCUUUGCUCAAGACAGAACCCCCACAGCAGAUCAAGAGCAAUCAAGCCGGAAAAGGAGUUGGACGAACACAAAAAAACAGAGAAGCUGAUUAAAAAGGAGAGGAAGGGUGAAGUUCAAAAGACCAAUAGAAUGGGUGAAGAGAGGAAGAGGCAUAAGAAGAAAGAGGAAAAAAGGUUGGCCGAGAGAAAAAGAAAGAGGGAUAAAUCAGCAAGGAGGGAAAGAAAGUUAGGCUUGAAAACUAAGGUCACAGAAAACAAAUUGUUUACCUCCAUCUCUAUUUCUAACUCUUCAGGAGAGGCCAAAAUCAGUAAAUUGGAGACCUCUACCCUGUCCCCAGAGAAUCAAGGCCAGUUACCACCCAAACACAAGCACAGGGAGAGGAAGGAACGAGCAGAGAGGAUGCACAGGCCAUCCACAAAUACCCCUCAUCCCAGCUGCACUUCACCGCAGCCAACCUCAAAAUGUGAAAAUCACAAAAUGCCCAAGAAGAACAGCAUUCCCCCAAAACUCUCUGUCAAGGAACAAAUAAAGCGGUCCCUUCCCAGGAAAACAUGCCCCAACCAGACCAGAAGGAGGCCCACUGCCGUCUCAUCACGAUCAGAAGGGCGACCAAAAGCAAAGCCUGAUGACACACUCCCCUCCCUUUUGUUUAAAGCCUUAGCACCUCUCAGUACCGCAUGUUCUAUCAGCUUAGAGCAGCCCAUCCAUGGCAAAGGAGGUGGGAAGGGAGGGGUUCUCAGCGCUCCAGACCUACAGCCUGUGGGAAAUGUGAGGGAAAUGGAAGACAACCUUGCCAAUACUCCUCCUGUUCUCAGCUGGCAGGGCUCUCCAGUAUCAACUCUGGGAGAAGAUGAAGAGGAGCUAGAAAAGGGAGUGUUGAGCAGACCUGUCCUCCAGCCCAGCCCCACCCAGUGCUUCUCUCCUCCUCCUGUCGACAGUGAGACCACCGAUGAUAUGAAUAAGGAGCCUUGUGAAAGUGCGCUGGCUGAUUAUUCCCACGAUGGCAUGUCUGAACUCAGCGAUCUACCUUGUGUAAUCGAACAAGUUUCUGAAGACGAAAAGGAAGAAGAGUCGGACGGUAGCAAAGAAACUUCUGUCUCUCUUCUCCGUGAGCUUCGCCACCAUAAAACAGGUUUGGAUGAUGUCUUCAAGAGCCUCGCCAGCUUUCUCGGAGGCCAGCGGGUCACAUGUCGAGGCGGUCCAUUCGGGGGGCCUCCUGCAGGCUCCACCAGGGGGGUGAAGUACUCAUCUUCUCUUGAAUUGGGGCCUGAGAUUCACGAGCAUCAGGAUUUCUCCCCCAAAUCAGAACUUACAGCAUCCUCCAAAUGCAGUAAUCAGUCACCAACUCACUCUACCUCCAAGUUUUUGAGAACCCACAGUCCGACACAUCAGGGGGAGCCUGUUGCGGAUGCCCUGGUGCAGGAGAAGCAGGAAGAAAUCAAGACCAACAUUAAGGAGAGCCAAGAGAGUAAGGAUAUGGAGAUCUUUUCUGAGAGAAACGAGUCAUCUCUUUUGGAUAGGCCACUGAGUGCAGAGCUGAGACUUACCACAACACACACAGCUUCCUUCACCAGCCGCAUUACUCUCUCUACAAAGGAAGAGAGAGGACACAGUGAAGAGACAGGACGCAUAGGUACUGACAGAAAGAGAAAACAAAAGGUUAAUGAUGGGGGGAGUGAGGGAGAGAUCAAGAUUAAGAUAAAGACGGAAGAAAGCAGCGUCAUCUGUUCUAAAAACAAAGCAAAUGAAAUACGGGAUUUGGAAGAGAAGGAUGUUUCCUCCUCAGUACUCGUCAUCUCCAGAAAGUCACCCAAACCUCUCAAAGAUAGUACGAAGGGACAGAUUCCUGUGGAAAAUCAAACCCCACCUGGCCAUCACAUCCAUAAAGAAAAUGUGGACACGGGGAACACCGAUGUAAAAAUCAAAACUGAGAAGAAGGAAGAGUUGGACAAUAAGAUAUCCUCAGCAACCGUAAACACAUUUACCAAAACCUCAAGCUCAGCGUCAACUGUAACAAUCAAUACAUCAAAAUUAUGUGUGACAACACCAGCAAGUAAACCUCUCUGCUCAGUAGCUCCAGUUGACCCGUUGAAACUGAAAGCAUUGUCCAUGGGCUUGUCUAAGGAGUUAAGGAUCCUCUUGAUUAAGGUGGAGAGUGCCGGAAGACAAACAUUCAAUGUAUCGGAGGUGGAGGAGCAAAGAAUCCCACUUUCUAAGAUCAGCAUCGAGAAUACGGGCUCUGAAGUGGUCAGAGCUUGCAAGGGGACGAGGGUGAAGGGGAAGUUCAAGGAGUCUUUCCUGCUUCCUACUUUCUCUGUGAAACCUAACAUUGCCACCAACACCCCUAUUCCUCGAGAAAAGCUUAACCCUCCUACACCAAGCAUCUACUUGGAGAGCAAGAGGGACGCCUUCUCACCAGUUCUGCUUCAGUUCUGCACUGAUCCCAAAAAUGCGGUUACUGUCAUCAGAGGCCUUGCUGGCUCCCUCCGCCUUAACCUUGGUCUGUUCUCCACUAAAUCUUUGGUGGAAGCCAAUGCAGAGCAUGCGGUGGAAGUGAGGACUCAGGUCCAGCAGCCCGCUGAUGAGAACUGGGAUUCAAGUGGUUCUUUGCAGACAUGGCCCUGCGAGAGCAGCCGCUCACACACCACCAUUGCCAAAUAUGCUCAGUACCAGGCCUCGAGCUUCCAGGAGAGCCUGCAGGAGGAGAAGGAGAGCGAGAAUGAAGAGGAAGGAGAGGAGACCAAGUCUUCAGAUACAACAGCCGCUACAAAAGCUGCUCUGACAUUAGACAACAUCAAAGGCAGUCCUGCCUCAUCUACCAUUAAAGCCAACUCUGCUACUUUCUUCAGCAAAGCCCAACCUGAUCUCUCAAACAGCACAAACGGCUCAGAGCAGAAAACGGCCGGAAAGAUCAUUAAAUUUGGGACAAAUAUUGACCUCUCUGACCCUAAAAGGUGGAAGCCUCAGCUGCAGGAGCUGUUGAAGCUGCCAGCUUUCAUGCGCGUGGAAUCCAGCAACAACAUGCUCAGUCACGUCGGUCACACCAUCCUGGGCAUGAACACCGUCCAGCUCUACAUGAAGGUGCCAGGCAGCCGCACGCCAGGUCAUCAAGAGAACAACAAUUUCUGCUCUGUCAACAUCAAUAUUGGGCCUGGUGACUGUGAGUGGUUCGCUGUCCAUGAGCACUACUGGGACGCUAUCAACAAAUUCUGUGAGAAGCACGGUGUAGACUACCUAACCGGGUCCUGGUGGCCAGUCCUGGAAGACCUCUACAGCUCCAACAUUCCGGUGUACCGCUUCAUCCAGAGACCUGGAGACCUGGUGUGGAUCAAUGCAGGGACUGUGCACUGGGUCCAGGCGGUGGGCUGGUGCAACAACAUCGCCUGGAAUGUGGGACCACUCAACUCUUACCAAUAUCAACUCGCCCUGGAGCGCUAUGAGUGGAACGAGGUGAAGAAUGUUAAGUCAAUCGUUCCCAUGAUCCAUGUUUCCUGGAAUGUAGCACGCACCAUCAAGAUCACCGACCGGGAUACCCACAAGAUGAUCAAACACUGCCUGAUGCAGUCCAUCAAACAUAUCCAGAUUCUGAGAGAGAAGCUGGUGGCUGCAGGGAAGAAGAUCUCUUACCAGAGUCGUGUGAAGGACGAGCCAGCCUACUACUGCAACGAGUGUGACGUGGAGGUGUUUGAUCUCCUGCUUGUGACCAGUGAGAACAGCAGUAAGAAGAGCUACGUGGUGCACUGUGAGGACUGUGCCCAAGCUAAGAGCCCAUCGCUGGCUGGAGUAGUGGUGCUGGAACAGUAUCGGAUGGAGGAGCUGACGAGAACCUACGACACCUUCAUGCUGGCCCCAUCACCCUUAUCAAAGUGAGGACUCCUUCCUGGUGUCUUUCAGCCAUAACCAAAACUCUAAUGGCAGCACAAACGUUGUCUCCAAGGCAAUCUAUUCCUGCAAACACUCUUUGAAUCAGCCAAUCACGUUUACUCAGUAUUGUUUACAUCACACAAUAAGGUAUGGAUACUCAGCCAAUCCAACUAUAGCUCACUGUCUUCCCCAUACCAGCUGCUGAUUGGACGUGUGUUUUGAAAUAGAAUGACUAGACUGGUACUUUUCAUGAAAAGCAUUUCAGAUAUGUACAAAAAAAAAAAUGUGAGCACUGUUAGCACUGAAAAUCAGGUUCUAUGUUCAACGGACACUGCUGUGAUUCAAAAGCGUCAAGUAGCCGGUUCUGUGUUUAAAUUCAGGUACUUUUAUGCAAAUUCUGUAGGACUUUUUUAUACCAAUCUAGUUAUUCUAUAUGUCCAUGAAUUUGCUGUGAUUCUGUUGUACCAGCAGGGGAAUCGCUUCACAGGAGAAGUAGCUGAUUGUCACAUUUGGCAUCUUAUUGGUUCCUCUUGAUUUUUCUUUGGUAUUCAGGUAAACUCUGACAUUUGUAAUUCCUGUCUGUAUACACUUUGAGGUGCUAUUCCAAUCUACUUUAUUCCCGUUAGAUACUUACAAAGUUUUACCAGCCUAUUAGUACACCACAUUGGCCUUGCAAACUGUAUUUAUAGGAGAGGUAAUUAGAGGAUUCAACACACAAAUAAUGACUCAAAAACUUUUAGCAGUUUCUCUAAAAUACGGGUUUACUAGAGGACUAAAAUGGUUUCAUUCAUAGUAGGAAAUCAAGUAUGUAAAUGGGAAAGAGGAUUUUUUUGUUUGUUUUUUUUCCAGAUGAAUUAGUGUGGUUUCUAUGAUACAGCCGGAAAACAGACAGUGUCUUUUUUAUUUUUGGAAUGGAAAAACAAUACCAGUUUUAUACCUCUUUUGUUGCUAUGUUACUUGUCUCUAGAUGACAGAGAAAAUAAGUAAUUGUAAAUUGAAUGAAUUUAUGGGAUACACAGUGGUGUGCAUAGAUGGGGAACAAAGGGGGAUGGGGACUUGGGGGGGAGAUAUGUCCAAAGAGACAAACAAUCAUAAACUUAUAAUGCAAAAAGCCAAUGAGGCCAAAUAUAUGACCAGACUGAACGGCAACUCAGUGCUUUUAUUUUGCCCCAAACAUCCAUCCUGAUGAGGCUCCAUGCACUGCCAGGGUGCUUAAUACACUGUAUUUCCAGUUGAACAUGUUGAAGAGCACAUUACUUGAGAAGUAACGAGAGGCCCAGUCGUUGUUUUUAUUCUUUUCCCACCAACAUUUAGACAGCCCUUCGAAAUAAAAGGUCUAAUUUUGUUGAGACAACAUAGUCUAAGCUUUGGCAUUACAUUUUUUAUGUUAUAUUGCAAGGGUGAGGUACAACUAAAAGGUUUGCUUCCACGGGAUUGUACACUCGUACAAUGUUUUGGUGGCCCAAGUUCAAUCAUUUUAAUAGAGAUUUAUCAUUACUACUAAAAAUAUAAUGAAAUCCCCACAUACAGUAUGGCAACUUUUACAUUUUAGCCCUGCCCUCAUCAGUCUGUGCACACCAUUUACUGUACAUAAUGUUACUGUUUUCAGGUUCACCAGAAGAGUUUUGCUCUCAUUCAAAUAUUUAAUUUGUAUAUGGUCAAAUAUGUCCACCUCAGUCAUCUGUUUUUGUUGUUGCUAUUAUAAUACACCCUACAAAUAUCAUGUUUCACUCUAGUUUAAAUUACUGCAAUGGGAAUUUCUUUCCCACUUUUAUACCUCUUUUUGUUGUCAGUUUCUGUAUUUUGGAUUACAGAGAAAAUGGAAAAUUGUAAAUUGUGACAUUAUUUAUACUGUACAUUGUGGUUUUCUUACAUAUUUAUUGCAUAUCAAAGGUUAAUUCACUUGAUAGGGGCUACAAGGUAUUUCAGAAAUGUAGUAUGGUCAUAAUGUGUGGAUAGGGGAAGUGCAAUCAGGGGGCGGUGUAAUUUUCAUGGUGCUAGACCCCUCCUUGCCUCAUUGCCCCCUCAUUAAACAGCAUACAUAAGUCAUUGAAACAACUCAAACCAACCGGUUGGUGCUUAGAACCAUUUCAACACAGUUUGGUGGUGACAUAAAUGGAAUGAUGUCUUUGUACUGUAUCUAACAGAUGAAUACAAAAUCUUUUAAAAUGUUUUGUCCAUUUUAUGAAAUUCAUAAUCUUGUGAGACAGUAGUGGUUUUACGAUGAGCAUUAGUAGUAGUUGUAAUUCUUAACACUUUUGCAGAGACUUUUAGGGAUGUGACUUUUAAUGACGUUGAGGUUUUGUUUUUUGUGUCUUGUCCUCAUUAUUAGUAUUAUUUGAAAGAUGUAAUAAUGCUCUUUUUCCUCUUGACUUGUUUGAUUUAUGCUGCACUUAUUGUUUUAAAAAAAAAAGAACUGACAUAGAAGAAAACCUGAGCCAGACCUGUCUUAAAUCCCUCUGUGAUUUU